AUGUCGAGGACCUACGCAGAUGGCUACUUGAGGAAAACCUCAGAAGUACCCAAAGAUCGUUUGAAAUCUUUCGUUGGCAGGUUGAAUAAGUCAAAGCAGGCUGCUCUGCACAAUUGCUUGAUAAUUGGUAUCGAUUUCGGAACUACGUAUUCCGGUAUCUCAUGGGUAACAUUGGCGGACUUCAAACAGGAGAAUAUCAACAUCAUAACACAAUGGCCUGGGAUGCGCGGUGAUCAUGCUAAAGUGCCCACCAAGCUGUACUACGAGUUUGGACCCGCGACCGAUACCCCCUUGUGGGGAUUUGAGAUCCCGGACGAUAUAGAAGCGCUUGAAUGGUUCAAGCUUCUUUUGCUGCGGGAAGAUGACAUGUGGAAGGAUCUCCAAGAGUCGGUGCAUAUUGGUCGUGCCAAAAUGCUACUGCGUGAAAGUGAAAAAACGGCCGAGGAUUGCAUUGCAGAUUACCUUCGUGCAAUUUGGAAACAUACACUCAAGACCAUUCUCAAAGCUCGUCCCAGCUACCUUGUUGAGUCUCUCCAGUUCCAUGUGAUUCUAACUGUACCUGCCAUUUGGAAAGAUUAUGCCCGCAGUGCCAUGACGGAGGCCGCUAAGAAGGCGGGGAUUCUUGAUUAUCGCCCUGCCGGCCCGACCUCCCUAACUUUUGCUCCCGAGCCCGAGGCAGCCGGAUUGGCAGCACUCAUUGAGCGUGGCAGCGACACCAAGCCAGAUGAUGUGUUCGUCAUUUGCGAUGCCGGAGGCGGGACCGUAGACGUCAUAACCUAUACAGUUGGUCACAAGCAGCCACUUCAAUUACACGAAUCGGUUGAGGGCGACGGCAGUGUGUGUGGCGGUAUCUUUAUUGACGAAGACUUUAUAGUACAAUGCAGGAAUCGUAUUGGCCGAAAGUGGUCUGGCUUUAGCCCGGCGGAUCGAAAAGCCAUUUUAACAAAUGAAUGGGAGUACUCCAUCAAGCCCCGGUUUGGAGAAGCAAAUGGCUGGGAUACGUAUCCAGUGUCGAUUAAACAAGGGCCAUUAACGGCCGCAGAGUUAAAUGACCAUUCCCGCAAGCCCUAUAUCAAGGAUGGCCAUAUCUGGUUUUCUGGCUCGGACAUUCGCGACGCGUUUCACAAGAGAGCUGUGCCUGGCCUCUUGAGACUGGUGGAGAACCAGGUGACUAAAGCCGAAAGUAAAGGGCUACGUGUGACAGGAAUUGUUCUUGUUGGGGGGCUUGGCUCGAGCCCCUAUAUAUAUCAAUGUCUUGAGGCCAAGUACAUCAACCAGGGAAUUGAGAUUUGUCAAUCUAGCGUUAUCAGGAGACGAACUGCUAUCUGCCGUGGCGCUAUCCUAAAGGGGCUCAUGGAUGCUCCAAUCACUACACAUGUGCCUAAUGCUCCUGAGAUAUUGUCGAGAAUCUCGAGAACAUGCAUCGGUACCACAUGCAACGCAAAAUUUAUUGAAGGAGUCCAUCGCAAGAAAGAGAGAUACAUUUGUGAGCAUGAGGGCUUUUAUAAGGUGCGGGGGAUGAUGGAUUGGUACAUUACCAAAGGCGAAGAUGUUGCAAAAUCACAUGCAAUUCGAAAGGACUACUACGAAACCUUCAUCAACAGGAAAGACUUCCCACCGUCUUCCUUUACAAUACAGAUGUACAAGAGUGAAGCCGAAAGGCCGCCGGCUCGAUCUAGCGAUGCUAGUGUGACGGAGCAUUCCACACUUGAAUUCGACCUCAGUGACUAUAAUUACGACGAUCUUGAAGAUUUCAAGGGGCUUAAUGGUCAAAGGGGCAAGAAAUUCAAUUACACAAUUGAGAUGGUGCCAUCGGGUGCUUCCACGGAAUUUUCAAUAUAUUUUCAGGACAAGAAGGUGGGAUCGGACUAUGUGUCAAUAAUGGUAGACUAG